AUGGAUGACUACGUCGUCACGGAGAAGAUCGGCAAAGGCACGUACGGCGUCGUCUACAAGGCCAAGUUCAAGUCCACCAACGAGAUCGUCGACAUCAAGAAGAUCCGACUGAGGACCAAGAAGACGAGUGGAGACAGGUGUGCCAGCCACGACCAGCCGAGAGGUGGCCUUUCUCAGGCAGCUGAAAUGCCCCAACAUAGUGCGGCUUGUAGACGUUGUCAUGGCGGACCCAAGAACAAGGAGACCCUGGACGGCGCGGUAAUUAAGAAGUACCUCAGUCAGAUCGUAGAUCCAAUUCUAUUAUUCCACCAACGGAGAGUUUUGCACCGCGACCUGAAGCCAGCAGACCUACUUAUCGAUGGUAACGGCGACAACAAGGUGGCCGACUUCGGCCUUUGUCACCCGUUUGCAGAGGCAGUGCGUCUCUUCACCCACAACGUAGGCACCCUGUGA